AUCUGCUAAAUAUAGUCAUUUGAGUCAACAUUUUACUCCAUCAAAUUUUCUCGCAAAUAAACUAGAUAUACUGAAUACUUGGAUGGUUACCAGUUUAAAUAUACAAGAGACCAUUGUGUUUUGUUUGUCUGCUCCCAGUCGUGCGCUAACUGAAAAGGUACAUCUUAGCAUCAAAAUGAUCCUCUCAGCGUGGAACAUGUAACAGAAACAAAAUGGCUGAAAGUAAAAACAAAAAAGCAUCUUCAUGUCCGUUACAAACAAAACUUGACAAAAUCCUCAGAAAUCAGAAACAAAUCUUUGAAGAACUUAUUUCGAUCAAAAGACAACUAAAGAUAUCAGCACAAUGUACCAGGAUGAUAAAACAGAGCACAGACCGACAGUUGUCAGAAGUGCAAGAGAAAACCACAAAGAAUGUAAGGAAUGUGGAGAUGACAGUUCUUGGGCUGACCGCGGUGUUGGAUCACGUGCAGGAGCGAUUAGUACAGCUAGAAUUAACACAGUACGACUCUUCAAAAGGUCCUAGUUCAACAAGCUCUCUUUCUUCUACUGAUGAGGAAGCUGACUUUUUAAAGACAGGAGAAAGAAAACUAGACUGUACAAGACCUGAGCAGACCUGUAACCACAAUGGAGGGCAGCUACACAGCAAUCAAAAGUGGCUGCGAGAGAACCACCUGUUGCUGGUCAAAGGGAUAGACACCACAGGUUGCCUUCUUCUCGAUUAUCUUGUGCAGGAACACAUCCUUUCUGACACAGAUGAAGAUGAUAUCUCAUCCCACAGAACACGGAAGGACAAAACCAGAGAGUUACUAUUCAAAAUGAGGCAUGCAGAUAACAAGAAAAUUUGCCAGUUUGUUAAACAUCUUCAGAAAGAUUUUCCUCAUUUAGUACGGAGCUUCUCUAAUGAUUCUGAAACCGGAGAAAGGAACAGCUGUGUUGCCUGUGACGUUGUGCAACAAGUGAAUGUAGACGAUGCAAUUGAUGUCUUGUUGCAAGAAGCCGUUGUUGACGAUGAUUUGUAUGAAAAAAUAUGGCGAUGUACCACGAAAAAGAAAGGUUGGAGCAGGCUCCUUAAAAAUAUGCAUCAUACCAGAAUGCCAAAAUGUUUGUCAGUUCUUGCACAAGCACUGGCGCAAAAGUAUCCCCAACUCUGCAAACGUAUCACAGAGUCUGGCAUAGAGACACUGGAAUGUUGUUACAAGCGAAAAACAUCUUCAUCCAGUAUCUGCUGUGAAGUCAGAGAUGGAACAACAAUUCGUAAAAUGUCUACUGGGCUCAAGAGUCGAAAUGGAAUACCAAUAUUUGGGAACAAAAAAUUUACACAACUGUAUCAAAAAUACAGAAUGAAGAAACCACCACAGAAAUGGCUAGUUUGAGAUUUAUGCUGUGCUGCAGAAUACAUUUUAAACAAAAACACUUGUCUUUGUUUCAUCAAAAAAAAAAAAAAAAUUAAAAAUCUUCAACAGCA